AUGGCAGCAGUCCACGCGCAGACCGAGAUCGCGCAGCUCCUGAUCGAGAGGGGAGCCCACGUCAACGCGGGGGUGACCAACCCAUCGAUGGGCACGCGAGAGCGCGUCGUAAACUCAACCUUCUUGCCUAUGCAAGGAGAGAAUGCGUUCCACGCGGCCAUCUGCUUCGCAAAGAAGAUGGACUUGGUCGACCUGCUCCUACGGGCCGGUGCUGACCCAAGCGCUGGCAACAAGCUUGGCAUCACCCCCCUUAUGUGUCUUGCUCGUGAAGAGCCACCGGGCCCCUGGCUUGAGUGCGCCUUGGAGGUCUUGAUCAAGGCUGGUGUGAACCCCGACCAGGUAGACGCCGAAGGCUGGACGGCGUUUCUUCACGCCGUGGAGGUUGGAAAUCCAGAAAAGAUUCGCAGGAUUUUGGCACUAUCCCCGGCGGCGCUCGGCCGCAUCGCAUGGGACGGCAUGUCGGCGCUUUACGUGGCUUGCAACGAGGGCCACUUGAGCGUGGUAUCUUGUCUCCUUUCGUUGGGAGCGAAACACCCGAGAACAACAAUUCGGGACCACUGCCCGCUCGCCGUCGCCAUCAUCAAGGGGCACGAAGACAUCGUCAAAAUUCUUCUCGCGAACCUGAGCGCCGUUGGAGGCGUGGAGUUGGCCGCGGAGAUGGCUCUGACUUGCGCGAUAACCCAGAGCCGCGGGAAGAUCCUCCGAAUGAUGCUCAACAUCACGGGAGAGGAGAACGCCGCGAGGUGGGCGGAUAGCGACUGGGGCCUGGCGGGAAGUCUGCUACAUUACAGCUGCGGAUACAUCCUCCCCGCCUCGGUGAGCGCGCUCCUGGCCGCCGGAGCCAACGAAAACGCGACCGACCAAGCGGGGCAGCGACCGAUCGACGUCAUCGGUACCAUGGACCUGCAAAACCCUCCGCUCAGCCCGCUGCACCCGAGGACACCCACCCGGUUCAGGGACCCCGUCAAAGAAGCGGAGAUCCGACGAACGGUAGAGCGGGCCCCAGCUUUCCGUGCACGGUCUUGGGCUUGGCCUGCGUUCGAAUGGGCGGGUUGUAGCACCACCGCAGCUAUUUGUGGCAGCAGCACUUGCAAUGGGCUCACCAAGGCGUCCGGGCAAGGGAGGAAGACUAGGACACCGCUGGUUGUGCAAAUUCACCGACCCGAGAGAAACAAGUUGCUUUCAGGGAUCCUUACGAGGUACCAGCAGAAAAGAUGACGUGCUGGAGAACGCCUCGGCAACGCGCUAGAGUCCAUCCACGCGCGCGUAAUCGAGUUUAAAAGUUCGGCACGUGCCAUUCCCGUUUUCAAGAGAAGCCGAUGCCUGCAAAAGUUUUACCUUCACCAUUUCAUCGAGACGAGGGUAUUCUUGUUUUUGGUGCACGUGGUCGGGAUGUUUCUGUUAUGUUCCAGUACCUAUCCUGUUAGACGUGCGUGGUGC